AUGUACGAAGACAUCUUAAAAUUUCUAAAAGACAAAAAUAGAAAACUUACUAAAGAAGAAGCAACUGAAUUUAUAAGGCUGCUGGCUGAAAGUGUAGGAUGUGAAGAAGACAUUAUGGGACACAAUAGUAGUUUGGAAAAUUCAGAAGAAGAAUUUUCAACUGAUAUUAAUUUUGUAAUUGAUGAUAUAAAUGAAGGAUAUAGUGAAGAUGAGGAUACGUUUUCUUUGGAAGGAAUUAGUGAUGAAGAGGAAGAAGAAAAGGAGUACAUUGUUUUAAAUAAAAGAAAAAUUAUGAGAAAUAAAGAGUUUAAAAGGGUUAAGACAUUACAAGAAACAUCUGUAAAAGAAGCCAGUGAAGAAGCAAUAAAAUCUGAUAUUGAAGUGUUGUCUACAGAAAAACAAAAUUUAAUAGACAAAAAUAUUGAUCAUGCAUGUAAUGAAUCUGCCAAAGAAGAAAACUUACUAGAUAAAUCUCAUGAAAAUAGCAGUAAGCAAUCUGAUGUAUUAUUUAACCUUCCUAAGACUUUAAAUUUUUCUUCUGGAAAUUUUCUUGCUUCCGAAGAAUCUCCUUCUCCAAAUUUACCAAAUGAUGUUGAAUUUUCUCUUCCAAAAUUGGACAAAAGCUUUGAAUUUAAACUUCCUGAUGCUACUUGUACUAACGAAGAAUUCAAAUUUGAUGUUGGAGAGUUACUAGAUAUUAAUAAAAAUGGACCAGAUUUUAAAUUUUAUGAUGAAGAUAACAAUGAAAUCUAA